AUGACAAACAAAUUGCAUCGUCAAUGGAACAUGUAUGAAAAACUUGCAGCUAUUUUGUACUAUAAAAAUGGUCAUAGUAAAAAUAAUACAGCUGCUAAAUUUAAUAUCAAGACUAAACAACUUCAGAAUUGGAUAUCCAAAAAAGAACAACUUUUAAAAGCACAAUCAG